UUAAGCAAUUUUGUUAAUUGCAAGGUAUUGUAUAUUAAACUCAAACGUAGUUAAUUCGAAUAAAGAUAGAUUGGAAGCAAUCAAUUCCAGACCAUGCAAGUAGUACCUAUGGCUGCUGUGAAAUAUUGACAUUUUCAUUCAAUAGCCGAGUUGCCUAAUGCGUACUAGUUGAAUGUCCUAUCUGUCUUGAGCAGAGAGUCAGCAGAAAUUGCUAUUUUCUCGCGGUGCCAUGCACAGAAGACAUAGGCGGACGACAAUGAAAAUAAGUGUGAAAAUUUAGUAUAUCUAUUCCAGGAGGAUAUGUAUGCCUCGAAUUAUUCAUUAGUGGAGAUAAUUUGGAACGCUUAAAGACGUUCCUCAAUUUCAAUAAAUUAUUGUGUUCACGGUGUUAACGUGUGUUUUUUUCUUGGGAAGUUCGAUACAAGCAGUAAAGUUAAUCGAUUAACAAAAAACUUCAGAGUAUGGCGGGAAAUUGUUUUCCUGUUUUCUUGAUAUUUGUGUCUAGUUUUAUUGGUUGUUUAGCGAGCGGAAAUAUGUCAAGACAAGCAGUUUUGAACGUGCUGCUAGGGAUUUCUGAAGACACAAAGUCUAAAUAUGACUCAAGCAUAGCACCAGACUUUGAAAAAGAUGUCGCUACAAACGUGACAAUUCAAAUUCUCAUACAGAAUAUUUACUCCGUCAGCGAAUCGUCCAUGGAUUACUCCCUUGAUAUUUUCUUGCGCCAAAAAUGGGAAGAUAAGCGGCUGAAAUACGAAAACAUGACAGACUUGGAGUGGCUAGAAAUGGAUAAUAAAAUGAUGGAUAAAGUCUGGGUUCCAGAUACAUACUUUUCUAACGAGAAGAAAGCCAGCGUUCAUGACGUUACAGUUCCUAAUAGAAUGAUGCACCUAUAUAAGAAUGGAACCGUUCUAUACAGUUCGAGAUUAUCGCUGACAUUAAGUUGUAACAUGAAGCUGCAGAAAUAUCCUCUGGACGAACAAAUAUGUCCCAUUGUAGUUGAGAGCUAUGCAUACACAAUAGACAACGUUGUGUACAACUGGGAUAUUGAAUACCCCGUGAAAAUUCUGAAUAACAGUGACGUCGAGAUGCCGCAAUUUCAAGCCUAUGUGGAUGCACCAAAGUCAACGGAAUGCAAGGAAUUUCAUGCAGAAAGUACUCACCUUUACCAUUUUGUUUGGCAUUUUCUCAUUACAUGGGGUAAAUUUGCCUGUCUUCAAGCCUGGAUACGCCUUAACCGGAAGGUUGGUUACUACAUAGUUCAGGUGUUUGUGCCUAGUGUUCUGAUUGUCGUGCUUUCCUGGGUGUCAUUUUGGAUGGACCAUGACGCUGUACCAGCACGGGUUUCACUUGGCGUAUUGACUGUACUCACAAUGACUACACAGAGUUCAGGGGCAAAACAAUCACUUCCACAAGUGUCAUACGUCAAGGCUAUAGACGUGUGGAUGUUCACUUGCCUCUUAUUUGUAUUUAUGGCAUUGGUAGAAUAUUCUUACGUCAACGUGGUGACAAGAAAAAGGACGAAAGCUUUGUUACAACAACGAAAACAACUUGAGUUGCAGCCAUUGACUGGAGAUCAAAAUACAGAGGAAAACGGCCAAGUAUUUCCAACGCACAAGGUGACUUUACUGAGAUAUGAAUGCCAUAUUGCUGCGCGGAGGAUAGAUAAAAUUUCCAGAUAUGUCUUUCCCCUUUGUUUCUUAAUAUUUAACACGAUAUUUUGGACAUACUAUUCUCUGGCGCCAAGUCCUUCGUGACUUAUACAACUAAUGGAGAUAAAACUUACAAAGAAAUCUAGGUCAGCUACAUAGUGACGUGCAAAAUGAAGUUGUGACAACGUUUUUGACCUAUGAUGAAAGACAUCUUACAGUGGAAUGUGCAGUAACGACAUUCAAGGUUCCUGAUUAAAACAUCUGGAAGCACAUCAUGAACGGUCUUAACGAAUAUUUAACACUGCGUAUGCAAAUUCAUCAAUGCAUAAUUGCUUCUUACACAGUUGCCUCAUCUUUCGUCCGAAAAAAAAAUGUUGCUCAUAGCUGAUAUCAUUAAACGCACCUGAAAAUAUUCAAAUCGGAAGUAAGAGAUAUUUUGCUCAAAUAUGUUUGACUCUGGACUGAACUGGCGGUAUUUCGAACAACGAUGGAUUCUUUGGUUAUUGUAAAAGAGCACGAAACUCACGAAAGAGUCAUUUCAAUGUAGGUGGCUCAAAUUGUCAUCUCUGGCAGUGCGCCAAGUUUUGAAGAAAAUAUGCUAUUUUGUGUUUGCGCAACAUAAUUAAUCGGGCAAAUACCGGUGUGGAAAUGAAAUAUUGUUGUAGCAGCGGCAAAUGUAUCAUUAAAAGCGUGUGCUGAAGAAAACUACGUACAUGAUAGUUAGACUGACGUGGUUAUACUUUUUUGACCUGAAUAAUAAAAUUAUCCAAAGUUUGGUUUAUUCAAACGUUUGUGGUCUUCUUGCAUGUGUGUUCUACAGUUGAAAGACGACACUUUACAAACAUUAAUUCAGAUGUAAAUACACCCAUUUUCUUUUUGUAUUACACCAUUUAAUGUAAUGUUCCACCUCAAAUACACUGUACAAAUUACAUUUACAAAACUGUUUUUCCUGAACAUUUUCUAUAGAUGAUAUAAAAACGAAUGUUCCCUCGAUUAUCGAUUCCAAGAAAUGUGAAUUCAUGUAUUUAUACCCCAAGAAGUUUUACAAAAGAAAUUUAAGGAAAGUCGUAUUCAAGAAAUGAUAUUAUAAUGUUUGCGCAACACACUAUUGAUUAUUUAUAUGUGACAGGUCAAUUUUUGAUUGUUUUCAGUACAUAGAGAUAGUUCUUAAAUCGUACCAACACUUAAGGUAUUAGAUCACUAAUUUUUUUCCCCUUAUAUUCCUUUUUUUUUCUAGUAUGAUUUUACUUUUUUCAAGAUUAUUAUUGAUUUCUUGUACAAAAAUGAACAAAAAGAUGAAUCUUAUAAGCGAUUUCUUGGUGUUCAAAGUGAAUUUACUACUUAAUCAGAAGGGGUAGAGUUACACAUCUUUAAACAUAUUGAGUUACACGAGGUGAAAAUUCUCUAUUUUGCUUUCACUCUUAGAUUAUAUAUUGUGGAAGAAAUUUAGGUAGAUUUUACGUCUGCCCUAAGGUUAUUUUAAAAUGGAGUAAGCAAAAUUCAAAACAGAAACACAGCAUUCGACCUUAUUUUUUCAAUGUUGAAGUAUGAAUUCUGUCUCAUUAAAUCCGUUUACUUGAGGCACCAUAGAAAAAAUGAUAUUGACAUUUUUAUUUUGUGUUUAAUAACUGUUUACCAAUAGUUUGAUGUUUCUUUUAUUAAAAUUAAUGGUAAAACGAGUUCUCUGCAAACGUUUUUGGUAGUGGCUACCACUUUGAAAUUUGUCUCUACUUGUGCUUGAGGAGAUACCAUAAGUUAAUAUAUAAAAUUUAUAAAAAAACGGCACGGUAAAAAUUGUUUAAAAAUUGCAAAAUAGUGCAAAACACGGUUACCUUUCAGAAUAUACCAAGCAAAUGCCAUUUUGUAAACAUUACUAUUAGUGACCUAGUACCUUAAAUCAUGUUUAUCACCAUGCCAUUUCGAGAAAUAAAGUUAAAUUACAUUCCAGAAUACUACUAAUAUUAGAUUCAUAUGUUACUAACAUUAGGGUCAUAAUUUAUGUUACUAGUAUUAGGGUCAUUUGUUACUGAUAUUAGGGUCAUAUGUUACUAAUAUUGGGUCUGAUGUAUGUAAUAUUAGGGUCAUAUGUUACUAAUAUUAGAGUCAUAUGUAACUAAUAUUAGGGUUAUAUGUUACUAAUAUUAGGGUCAUAUGUUACUAAUAUUAGGGUCAUAUGUUACUAAUAUUAGGAUCAUAACCAUUUUGAGUUUAAGAACAUGUCAUGUUAUCACGUUGCAAGAAUUCUUUUGUACAUUUUCUUGUAUAAACUUUUGUAGGAUUGAAAUAACAUCCUAAUCUCGGACUAAAUACUGACAGUUUUUGCGCUAAUAUGUACUGUUCCAAAGGUGGUCGAUGUUUGCUUCCAUAUAAACGUUGUAAACAUUCUAUCAUGACCCGAUUUAUUUUCUUAUUUAAUAAAGAAGACUGGAAUUAUGUGUUAUUAUGCGAAAGGAAUCACUGUUAGUACGUCACAGAAAUUGCGUCAUAAAUUUGGUUCGUUGUUUAUUAGUUCGUUGGCGUUGUGAAUAAAUCGUCUUUCAUUCAUAUUCACCCCUUAUAGUAUGUAGAAACCUUCAUAUUUUAACAUAUUCAUUGAUAUUUUAUCAAUCACAAACACAUUAUAAUGUCUUUCAAUAUAUUGCUUGGAAUAAGCUUUAAGUAAAAAUAAAAGUAUCUUUUUUUUCUGCUACAAACUUUUCCUUGAAAUUCUAAUUCUGCUGAAAGUAAUGCCUGUAUGUGAUACAAAUUUCGCGUUCAUCUACGAAGAAUUGUAUCCCCUUCUUUACAGAGUAUAUUUGUAGAAUCAUCUCAGAAUGAAUCCUCGACGUAUAAACUGAUUCGUACUUGCAUGUCGGGGUCUUCUUUUCAAUACCUUUAAUUAGACAUUUUGUUAUCAGUUAGUAUCUAGCGAAUAAGUUCAAGGAGUAUUACACAUUCGCAUCAGACUCGUCAAAGUAUCAAAAGAAUAAGUUUCAAGUAGCUAGUAAAUAUGAGCCGCGCCAUGAGAAAACCAACAUAGCGCAUUUGCGACCAGCAUGGAUCCACGCAGUCUGGUCAGAAUCAAUGCUGUUCGCUAACAGUAUUUCUAAUUGCAAUAUACUUUGAAAGCGAACAGCAUGGAUCCUGACCAGACUGUGCGGAUGUGCAGGCUAGUCUGGAUCCAUGCUGGUCGCAAAGCACUAUGUUGGUUUUCCCGUGGCGCUGCUCAGAUAUGAGUUUAAUAUGUAGUCAAAAUUCACUGUAAGCGCGUCAGAUAUUUAAGAGUUAGGUCCAGGUUUUGGAAAAGAAAUUUGAACAUCACCAAAUCAUAGAAAGAAAGAGUUGUUUUACAUGAAAAUUAAACAGCAUAUAAAACAUAUAUAUAAUAAAAUCUGUAAAGAAAAGAUUCUUUGGAAGCAAAGAAUGCAACCAAAAAGAAUAAUAGAAGACUCGGUUUACUAUAAGUCUAUAAAAGCAUCAUCAUCGAUUUGCUCACAUAUGUAUUGAAUUCUGGAAAGAGACUGCAUGAAGGGACCAUACUUUUGGACAUUUCAACGCCUUUAGACACUUAUCAUUUUUUAAAGAACUGUUACAUGUCUUAGCUGUGAUGCAAUUGCCAGUGCUUAUACUUCACGUAAUUAGGUUAAACAUGUUUACUUGUAUUUCUUUACAAAUGGCAUUCUUUUAUAAAGGUGGACAUCUUUUAUGAAUAUUUUAAGUAUCCAAUGGUACAGGACAGUAAGGUAAAAUAUGUAUUAGACAGGUAGAUUGUUGGUAAAAUUUUGUUCCUUUACCAAACAUUUCUGUGAUUUGGUGAUAUACUGCUAAAAUCUUAAAUAAGAUUCUAAUAUUUGUUAAUUUGAGCAAUUUGAUUGGUGUAGCCAGAACAUUCAUUCUUAAGUUUGAUGAAUCCCUAGUCGAUUUGUAUUUUUGCUCUCAUUUUAAUGUUGCAUCAUGUACAACAACAAUACUAUUCGAUAAAACAACAAUAAUUUGUUUUUAUUUCUGAACCAAACAUAAAUUGUGAGCAAUCAUUUUCUGAGUUAGUUCAAUAUGAUUCCAUAUUUCAUAGGAGACAGACUGUUUUGCCCUAGCCAUCUAUCUGUAUGCCUGAUUACAUUAAGCGUCUCCUUGCUUCAUCUCAAAAACCACUGACCGGCUUUCAAUAGAACUUUCCAGGUAUGAUUUGUAUAGAUCCACCUGCAAGUGUAGCUGUACAUAAAUUAUUGGUUUUACAAUUGUUCGAUUUUUAUGCGUAAAGUCUAUGUAUAUAUUCUUGCCCGCGCUUCAUCUCCAAAACUGUCAUCCAGAUUUCAAAGAAUCUUCAUUGGACAGACUCAGUAAAACCGAGUCUGCUAUUAUUUUGCUUUGUUGCAUUUUAUGCUUCCAACGGCUCUUUCUACAGAUUUUAUUCACUGGAGCUACUUGUAUAAAGCUUUGAUGUGCAUAGCGUUGGAGCGUCCGACACUGAUAUUUUCUUUCCGAUUUCUGGUCCCUUAAAGACAAUUUCUGAAUAAAAAUUGUCUGGACUAUCUCUCUCAUACAGCUGAUGGAAUUCAAUUAGCUAGCAAACAUGCGCGUAUUUUACAGGUUUGAGUGCUGAAUGACUUUUUACUCCGUUAUGGCCCUUUGAAUUUUAUGAAUACAAUCUACAUAGCACUAUAAUUCAUAAUUUUCCAAGAUGUUUAAAAAAUGUUAAUACUUUUGUUCAUGUUCCAAUUACUAUCAAACUGCCUUAGCAUGGUCAAAUGCAUUGGGAGACAUUGUUUAGUUUUUCAAAAAUACCCACCUAGUUAUCUGCCUUGGUCUUGGUUUUAAUUGAAAAUUUGUUAAAAUUUAUUUUAGAGCACUGUAGUUCGGAGAAUGAAAUUAUUUAAAGUGGAAAAAUCAUAGCGGAUAUAAUUUUGUUUGUCAAUAUUAUGUUCCUGCCCAUUAAAAUAUAUGUUUGAUAUAAAGCACUUCCUAGGCUUUUUAUAUGAAAAGUAUUUUGCGAGAAUUUAUAUGAACAACAGGAAAAAUUAUUCCUGCAUUAAUUAUGACAGAUCUCUGUACUUAUCUUGCCUCCUACAAGUUUCUUGCAUUUCUAUUGGUCAAUAGACGUCACGUGGAGACAGGGUAUAUUCCAUAUCCUGCUAGUAUAUUUCAGAUAUGAAUUUUGAUUAAAACAAAAUGGCUGCCACACUGCUGGCGUAAUUGAAUCAAGUCAGAUUAUUUAUUAGCUCCAGCGAUAGUAUCGUUUCCGAUAGAAAAUUUAGUGUUUUCUUGCCGAUUUCAUUCUAUUUAAGUUGAGCUCAUGAAGUUUGACAAAAGUUAGUCGUAAAAGCGGAAUAACUCUGUAUAUGGGAUACACGGACGUUGAAAUCUUGUUUUAAGUUAAAUCAUCGUAAAAUAAAGGAACUGACGUAUUUGUUACUCAGCAGUUUGUUCUAGGAUCAUUUAAUCUACGUGCAAGAUAAAUGAUUUAACAGGAAACUGGAUGAAAGCCGAAGUAUCAAGACAUUUGUGACAGAAAUCCGGUGACUUUGGGAGGGAUGGAACAAAAAGAUUUUUUUAGUGUUUCUGAUCUAAACCAGUUCAUAACCUGUGUAAAUGAGCUUUUGUGUUUUUGAUUUAACCAACACACAGGUCAUUGUGCGUUUUAUGGCUGGUGUAAAUCAACCAUAAACAAAACAUGAUGACCAAACAAAUGAUUGUAGGGUUCCAGUCUGCACUGUAAGUAGCUUUGUUAAUUUACAAAAUAUGUUGAUUAAGGGUAAAGUAAAGGGUAGUCGGCAAGAUAAAAUCGUUACACUGCUUGUUGGUGACAGGAUACGGGAUAUACGCUGUCUCGAAAAUCCAUAUCAGGCUCGAGCCUCGCUCUCGCCUGAUAUGGAUUUCCUCCACAGCGUAUAUCCCGUAUCCUGUCACCAACAAGCAGUGUAACUAAUAUUAUCUACAAUGUAAAAAGAUAAUAUUGUCAGAACCUAAAGGUGCAUGGCUUUAUGCAAUAGAUUGACCAAGUGAUUAGUAUGUAUUUCAGUAUGAAUUAUUUGAAUAUCUGUUAAAUUUAUAAACAUAUAUGAUAUAUAUAACUUAUGUCACAAACUAUUUUGUCAUUUUGUUACAAAUUGAAAUGGUCUUUCAUAAUGUUUCAAAUUGUAUUACCUUUUAAACACCUUAUAUUACAUUACUAUCACAAAAUACAUUUUGAAACUUGUUA